CCGAGCCCGACCCCGCCACUGCUUGAGUCACGAGUUUUUGGCUGCAACUUAGAGGAGCUGCUCGCCUGGGAGCUCGUUUGCCGAAUUUCCAACAUAAUCUAGACUCCAAUUGAAAGUCCCCCGGGCGCCAGUACACCAACCCAGACGAAUCCGCGAGUUGUCUCUUCAAUCAACCCGUGGAAGCCUGACUACCCCACCAUCCACUCUCUCACAAGACACAGACACACGACUUUCACCAUGAAGGCGGAUGAGGUUGUCGCCGUGUCGACCUCCCUCGGGGGCGACUUCAAGUCGAUCGAGCCUCACCUGAUCCGUCUCGAGAAGCACCUGACUCUCCGGACCUACGUCGCCGGCUACAGCAUCAGCGACCUCGACGCCAAGAUCUGGAUCGCCAUCAAGAGCAACCGCGUUGCCGUUUCGUUCAUCAAGAAGGGCACCUACGCCAACCUCCUGCGGUGGUUCACCUACAUCGAGAAGACCCAUCCCGAGAUCCAGGCCGAGGUUGCGGCCGCCGACAACGAGCGCAAGGCCAAGGUCCAGGCUGCCAGCCGUGCUGGUGGCAGCUACAACCUGGGCCUCCAGGAGGCCGACAAGGGCGUCGUGUGCCGUUUCCUGCCCGAGCCCUCUGGCUACCUUCACAUCGGACACGCCAAGGCCGCGCUCCUCAGCGACUACUUUGCGCAUAUUGCCUACGAUGGCAAGCUGCGUCUCCGCCUUGAUGACACCAACCCCAGCAAGGAGAAGGAGGAGUUCCAGGACGCCAUCAUUGAGGAUCUCGCCCUCAUGGGCAUCAAGCCCGACUUUGUCACCUACACCUCCGACUACUUCGACCACCUCUACGACACCUGCCUGAAGCUCAUCAAGGAGGGCCACGCCUACGCCGAUGAUACCGAUGUCGAGACGAUGCGCGACGAGCGAGGAAAGGGCAUCGCCUCCAAGAGGCGUGAGCGCACUGUCGAGGAGAAUCUCGACCUCUUCGAGCAGAUGAAGCAGGGCACCGAGGAGGGUCUCAAGAACUGCAUCCGCGCCAAGAUCUCGGUUGACAACCCGAACAAGGCCAUGCGCGACCCCGUCAUCUACCGCUGCAACCCCAACGACGCUCACCACCGCACGGGCACCAAGUGGAAGAUGUACCCCACUUACGAUCUCGCCUGCCCCGUCGUCGACAGCCUGGAGGGCGUCACCCACGCCCUGAGGUCGACCGAGUACACCGACCGCAACCCCCAGUUCCAGUGGUUCCUCGACACCCUGAAGCUGCGCCAGGUCUACAUGUGGGACUUUGCCCGCAUGAACUUCAUCCGCACAUUCCUGUCCAAGCGCAAGCUGGCCAAGCUCGUCGAUACCGGCAAGGUCUGGGGCUGGGACGACCCGCGCAUGCCUACCAUCCGUGGUGUUCGCCGGCGCGGCAUGACCAUCCCUGCUCUGCGGGACUUCAUUCUGAAGCAGGGCCCUUCGCGCAACGUCACUUCCAUGGACUGGUCCAGCUUCUGGGCUGCCAACAAGAAGGAGAUUGACCCCGUCGCGCCCCGGCACACUGCCAUCCUCGCCAAGGAUGCCGUCAAGGUCACUGUCACUGGUGAGGGUGUGCCUGCUGAGCCCAAGAGCGAGGAGAAGCCUCUGCACCCCAAGAACGCCGCCAUUGGCAACAAGAAGGUCGUCAUGAGCAAGGAGCUCAUCAUCGACCAGGCUGAUGCCAAGUCGUUCAAGGACGGCGAGGAGAUCACCGUCAUGCAGUGGGGCAAUGCAUUUGUCAAGAACAUUGCCAGCGGCGACGUCAUCCCGAGCCUGACGCUGGAGCUGAACCUGCAGGGAGACGUGCGCAAGACGGACAAGAAGAUCACCUGGCUGUCGUCUGCGGGCCAGAAGCUGAUCCCCGCCGAGCUGUGGGAGUUUGACUACCUGAUCACCAAGGACAAGCUCGAGGAGGACGACGAUCUCGAGAAGUUCCUCAACCCCGUGACGGCCACGAUGGAGGAGGCUCUGUGCGACGAGAACGUCGCCAAGUACAAGAAGGACGACAUCAUCCAGCUCGAGAGACGGGGCUACUACCGGGUGGACAAGGGUGUUGAGGACGGCGGCAAGAUUGUCCUGUUUGCCAUUCCAACUGGCAAGAACAAAUAGAUGGAGAUAGUUUUGGUUGUGAAAGAAUGUAAAAUGAAGAAUUCAGUCAAUACA